CAUCACGCUACCGUCCCCUAGUCCUGCACAGUUUGAGGAUCGCUGAGGUUCAGUUCACGAUGGACAGGAAACAAUGUUGCGUGAGUCUGUCGGUCCAGCCGUCCAGAGGACAAAUGGAUGAGAAGUUCAUUGUCCUCAUCCAGAAUGCCCCACCUGGUUUCCAGCUGACUGUCCACGCCUUCCACCAGUGUGAAGAUAAAUUCAAAUGGGAGGCGUUUGGUCACUACACUGCUGAUGCCACUGGGACUGUGAACGUUUCAAAGGAUCUCAGUCUGGGUGGGACAUAUUCGGGGGUUGAACCAAUGGGUCUAUUGUGGAGCCUCAUACCAGUUCCAGGCAGCAAACCUGGACUCAGGAUGAGGAAGUUCAACGUCCAGACUCCCAUGGAAGUCACAAUCUCAGUGUACCAGGGUCACCAGACUGAGGGGUUUGUGGAUCUAGUGUCGCUGGCGUCUGUGUUGGUGGAGCGCUGGCACAUGGCGCCUGGCAUCCUCAGGAUCCCAAUCACAGAGGAUGGACUAUCUGCAACUCUUUUUCUGCCCCGAGGACCUGGACCUUUCCCUGGUAUCUUGGACCUGUGGGGGGGUGGAGGGAAGUUGGUGGAGUACCGCUCAGCGCUGUUUGCCUGCCAUGGCUUUGCCUCCCUUGCUCUUGACUACCUGACAAAUAAAGUCUCCAUUGAAACUGGGAAUUUCGUGGACAACAAGUACUUUGAGUCGGCCUACAAUGUCCUGCAGCAGCAUCCUCAGGUCCUUGGCAGCAGGAUCGCCAUGGUGGGACUUUCCUUAGGCUGCGCUAUCACCUUCAAAAUGGCUGUUUAUUCUGAUGUUUUUAAGCUCAGUUGUGCGGUGUGUAUCAGUGGGAGUCAUGUGCAGCCAGUUGAUGGAUCUUUGGAGCAAAUUAUGGAUUUUUUUAAGGAAAACGCUGGGAAGACUCGUGUCGAUGAGGAGAACCAGAUGAUCUUGCGAGACCUGCUGCUGCCCAUUACCACCGACACCUCAUUCAAAGCAGACGUGGGACGACUCCAGUGUCCUCUGUUGCUGGUUGUAGGUGAGGAUGAUCAGAACUGGCCAGCCUACGAGUCUGCGAUGGACAUCAAAGAGAUGAUGGAGGGAGCAGGGAACAGCCACCUGCUGACUGUCCUGUCUUACCCAAACACUGGUCACCUUAUUGAACCUCCAUUCACGCCCCACACCAGAGCCAGCAACUUUAUGUCAGCCGCCUCACGUCAUAAGUCAACAUACUUGUGGGGCGGAGAGAAGGUGGCACACUCUCAUGCUCAGGAAGACGCCUGGAGGAAGAUGCUGCUCUUUCUGAGGGAGAAUCUGUAUGCUGGCAGAAACCCUGUUCUAACCUCUUUUUCCAACCUGUGAGCAAGUUGAUAACUAAAAGAAAUAGAGUUUCUAAGUGAGAGAAAUUAUUUCAGUCUUAGGUUAUGGAUGUAAAAACCCCUUUAAUUGUUAAUCAAAGACAAUUUUAUAUGUCUCACAGGUGAAGCACAUGAUUGGCUCAGAUUGGCAUGAAACCUUCUUGACUUAGUCAUUAGUACAAAAGAUGAACAACCUUUAGAAAACACACUCAUCAAGCACUUUGUCAGGAAUACUGAUACACCUGCUUAAUCAUGCAGUUAUCUAAUCAGCCAGACAGCAGCCUGAUGCAUUAUAUCAUUCACCUAGAGGUCAGAAGCUUUACUUAAUGUUCACAUCGUCACAUUGUUAAUUCAUAUGUGUUCAAACCAAAUCACAUGUUGAUUUGCAUAGCACAAUCAGAAAUAAUCAAGGGAAAAGUAUGCUUAUUGAUAACAUGAGCGCCAUGUCGUGUGAAAGAUGCACCCAAUUGUUAUGAUUUACCAAUGUAUGUUUUUCCUGCUUCAGAUUUUUCUGAUAAUUUCAUUUAAGAAAUGUCGCAAUUUUUAGUUGAUAAAUAACUACAGAAUACAUUUGCUGUGGAGUUCUGUUUAUGAAUCUGUCAUCCAUCCAUUUUUAAAUGUUAUCUGACUGACAUACUGCACAUUCAUUACAUUAAUUAAAUAAUAAAAUAAC